AUGCCUGUGCUUGCUGUCCUUCUGAAAAAUUCUCAGUCAACAGGAUGGGGACCAGAUGGAUGGGAAAAGCGGAAGCAUAAUGCUCUUCGUUGUAGUCUCCAGUUUCUUGGAAACAUUGCAGCAGGAAAUGGAGAUUCCCAGAAUAGCAUUUGGAAGUGUGCUUUCCCAGAUCUCUUCUUGACAUGCUUGACAUACAGUGAUGAGAAAGUUAUUGCCUAUUGUUGCAUGGUCCUGUUCACCUGCCUUAAUUCAGAGAGAGUGAGAGAACUACUGGAUCCUGGGAACUUGCCUGUAGCUCUUCGUGUCUUGAAAGUCUACAAAGAGCAGUUGGAGUCAGAGUGGUCGUUCUUGAUUGUUACAGACCAUUUGCUGAAAUGUCCAGAGUUGGUGAAAGCCCUCUAUGCCAAACUGAGCAAUCAAGAAAGAGUUACUUUAUUAGAGCUCAUGAUGGCAGAAGUAAGUGAGAACCACGCAGUUACCAGUGAAGAGAUGAAUGUGUUCCAGAGACAUGCUGACUUCCUUGCAGGCUGUUUCCAAGAGAAAUGUGAAGCUGUGCUCAAGUUAACUUCUGCAGAAGAUGGAGAAGAUGAGGAAGCCCUGGUUACAAUUCGUCUUCUUGAUGUUCUUUGUGAACUUACAUCAAAAAACGGACAGCUAGAACACCUACAGGCUUUGCCUGGUUUGCUUGAAACCGCCAUAGAUUCCCUGAGAUUGACUCAUCUCGCUGGGAGACAGGCUGUAAAUAUUUUCACUGCCACACAUGCUAUGACAGGGCAGGAAGAAAUUUCACAUCCAGCUGUGGAUUUUAAAUCUCAUCUCAUUCGUUUGAUUGGAAAUUUGUGUUACAAAAAUAAGGAAAAUCAAGACAAG